AACGCAUGCGCAGUCAAUCACCAUCAGCAAGCAAAAUGGCAGCGCCCACGAAACAUGCGCUUUCGCUACAAAUCCUCGCAGAAUGUGGCACAACGAAAGCGAGAGUUUGUAAAAUGAAACUUCCUCAUCAAGUUGUGGAUACGCCUGUAUUCAUGCCAGUUGGAACUCAAGGAACCAUGAAAGGGGUGACGUGUGAGCAGCUGAAAGACUUAAAUUGCCAGCUUAUUUUAGGAAACACGUAUCACUUGGGAAUGAGACCCGGUCCUGAUACAUUAGACAAAGCAGGAGGGUUACAUAACUUCAUGGAUUGGAACAGAGCAUUGCUAACAGACAGUGGUGGGUUCCAGAUGGUAUCUCUGUUGAAGCUCGCUGAGAUCACAGAGCAAGGCGUCAAGUUUGAGUCCCCCUACAACCAGAAGGAGAUGCUCCUCACUCCGGAAAGAUCCAUCGAGAUUCAGAACAGCAUCGGGGCAGACAUUAUCAUGCAGCUAGAUGAUGUGGUGCAUAGUCUGACUACAGGGCCAAGGGUGGAGGAGGCAAUGCAUAGGUCAAUUCGUUGGCUAGAUCGCUGUAUAAAGGCCCAAGGGAGGCCACAUGACCAGAAUCUGUUUGCCAUUAUUCAAGGUGGACUGGACAAAGACCUCAGGAUACAAUGUCUCAAAGAGAUGGUGAAGCGUGACACGCCAGGCUACGCUAUUGGAGGUCUUAGCGGUGGGGAAGAGAAGGACAAGUUCUGGAGAAUGGUGUCCCUAUCAACUGACCACUUACCAAAAAAUAAACCCAGAUAUUGCAUGGGAGUUGGAUAUGCAAUGGACCUUGUAGUAUGCUGUGCAUUAGGUGUAGAUAUGUAUGACUGCGUGUACCCAACAAGAACAGCGAGAUUUGGCUGUGCUCUACUCAUGGACGGCCAACUUCAACUCAAGAACAAGCAGUUUGCAAACGACUUUCAGCCCGUCGACAAGGACUGCGUAUGCUUCACAUGUCAACGUCACACGAGGGCCUACAUCCACUCCAUAUGGAACUUCAGUACUGUGGCUUGCCAACUCCUUAGCAUACAUAAUAUAGCUUUCCAGAUGAGAUUGAUGAAAAAUAUACGAGAGAGUAUCAUGGAGGGGAGGUUUCCGGAGUUCAUCAGGUCAUACUUCAAGGAUCUUUAUCCAGACAAGAACUACCCAACGUGGGUCGUAGAAUCACUCAGAUCGGUUAAUGUAGAAUUAGAGAGAUGACAGCACUGUAUUUAAUAGCUAGGUCUGUCGCUUAAUACCAGAUUUUUUUUUAAAUCCACAUUUGUAAUAUCGUCUGUUGUUGUAUAUUUGCAGGUUCUUGUAGAUUCAGGAUUCAAGAUUAUUUUAUUGGUCCAUGCAUGCAAACAUUACAUAGAAAUUUUGCUUCCAUUAAUGGCUUUAUUGAUUGACAGUGAACAUACAAAUGAUAGAAAAUACAAUACAAAAUUUGACUAUAGAAAACGAUGUACAUAAAUAUGAAUAAUUAUUUAUAAUGUGCAUGUGCCCCUCAAUUUCAUAUUGUCUACAAAUACCAUGCGUCAUAAUAUUUCCUGUCAGCUUCCCUCUCUAAUCUCUCUGAUGAGGGAAUGCUGUAGAUUGACUAGAGAGCAACAGACUUUCACAAUUUUUUCAGUGUAGCACCUAAGGUAGGGGGGAAUGAAAUUUAGAAUCCUGAAGUCCUCAGGCGGGCAUUGGCACUUUCCACGUGGAUCCGACACUUCGCAAUGUUUUUGGUGAUCUUCACCUCGCUCUCGCUGAACUUGCCGUGGGAUAGGAAGGGGGGUAUGUUGACUGCAACACCUGAUGGCACAAUGUCCUGGAUGAGAAAACCCUUGUCAGUAAGGAUGAGGUCGCCGGCCUUGAAAUGUGUGAGGAUGCCAUAUUCCUUUACUACAGCCUUGUCAGAAACUGACCCUGGAAACAACUUGCUGCAAUAAGUGAUGACAGCAUUUGGUGCUACACCCGGGAGAAGUUUAAAGGAAUGCAUACUGUACCUCUAUAUGAAGAGUAGGUUCUCUUUUGAUCGCUCAUUAGCUUCGGAGCAGCAAUCUCCACAUCAGUGCUCUCAAUAACCAUUUUGCAACUCCCAAAUAGUUGGAAUGCGUCUGGCAUAGACAAUUUGUUUUUAUCGCGGGAUGGGACAGUCUUCAUCGUGUCUUCGUAGAGUAGAUCAAAUAAGAUGUGGAUGAAUGUGAUAUGACGGCGUUGCAGAUUGUGGCAGUGCUGGUGUGGAAUAGUUGUGCUCGAUGUAAAUCUGUGUAAUUUUGGUGCAGCUUCAUGAGCGUGAUGAGAUCUGGUUCUAAAAUGAUAUCGCCUUGACUCGCCAGCCGCUGAAAUAUUCAAUGUUAUCCUCAAAACAUUGUAAGUACCCAGUGACAAUUUCUAGAAUGUUCUUGUUUGGGAGUCCUGUCUCCAUACAUACAACUUCAUCUGUUAAAGGUACUAUGUCCCUUUUGCAGCCAACCUGUUUAUUACUCUAACUCCACAUGGCAAGUGAGAGUGUACAAUGAAUAAGUGAUGAUGUGGCAUCUUCUUGAUUAGGGGCUUCUCAGUGAGGGUUGUACAGAGUUUCCUUGCAGGGUGAUAUGUAAUACUGCAUCGCAACAGCAUCCCUAUAUCGUAGCCCCCUUCCUUAUUCUUCUUUAUGUAGAAGUCUUUUCUCUCGACCGCCUCCGCCAUAGUUGCAUUCUGCUGGGUGAAUGGAUGGCUUCCUCACCAACAAUUCCAUCAAAUAAUUUUGAAGAGAAGCAAUUGAAACAGGCAAUAUUCUGGCAGGAACUAUAUAUUGAUUAAAUC